GUUACGAGGAAUGUGCUCAAUGUGAGCUUCCAUAUAUCCAAAUACACGCAGAUCAUAAAUGAACUCAGAGCUAUGGUCACAGAUCUUCGACAGAAACUUGCAACGAAAGCACAUGCAGUCACACCAGAGGAACUGGUAGGUCUGGUCUCCUUCGAUGUUGAUCAGUAG